GCAAGACAGGAGGAGUGCAUCCAUCUCGCUGACAGGCAUAUAUUAUUUUUUUUCUUGGAGUCACUUGACCUACAGGAGUGUCACAAGAAGAACGGGUGGCAAACCCAGACUGGGACCAUCAUGGGAAACGAACAGUCAGCUCCUGAAGAAGUAACUGAGAAUGAGACAAUUCCAGAAAAACAUGAAAAUGGAUCAGUGAAUGGCAUCUCUGCAAGCAUCACACUCAAUGGAUUGGAGGCUGAUGUUAGGAGUGACGUCACAGUUCAUCAGAAUGGCAAGCUGCAGUCUCCAAAACUUGAGACGAAAGCUGAACCUGAUAAUGUGACAGCUGAACCUGAGCCAGAACCGGCUCCGGCUGAAAGCGUGUCAGACACCACCGACUCCCCACCAACCGACACAGAACAAGUCAAGAAACGCAAAGAGAAAAGUCAUGGUUUUGGAAAACUCUUCAAAAAGAAAGACCGUAAAGCGGACGAGAAAACUGAGGAUCAGGAAAAGGAAAAGAUCUCUGGUGAAGAGCAAGUGGAUGCAAGUCAGCUUCACAUUGAGCCUCAGCAGGAGACGGCAAACGUAAAGCAAGAGUCGGAACCUGUGACUGAGCCAGAGGUCGGAGCGACUACAGAGUCGAGUCCAGAGGAACAGACAGUUCCUGAAACCAAGAACGGAAACGAUCAGCCUGAAGAAAGCCGAGAGGAGAGCGAGCCUGAGGAGAAUCCAGUUAUGAACUUCUUCAAAACACUAGUUUCUCCCACAAAAACACCUAAGAAGGAAACAGCUGCUCCCGAUGCCGCAAAAGAUCAGUCCCAGAAGGAGACCGCACCUGCAGAACCCACCACUGUUGCACAGACAUCAGAACAGUCUGCAGCACCCAAAGGAAUGCCUGCUCCACCCCCGCCUCCCCCAGAGCCUCCGAGACUGGAGACCAAAGGAGAACCAGCUGCCAAAGCUGCAAAGCCGACACAAAAAGAAGAACCAAAAGCUUCUGCAAAAGAACCCGAGUCCGCAAAAGGAAAAUCAACAAAAGAUGCUCUGAGUAAAUUCUUCCGACCAAAGACUAUCAAGGAGGAAGCGCAAGCUAUUGAAGUAGAGGUACAGCCAGUUGUAGAAGUACAGGAGACAGCAGAGGAGGCACCAGAGCCUGUUGUAGAAGUGCAGGUUGAAUCUCAGCAAGCUGCUGUGGAAGUGGGCAAGCAAGCUGGAGACGAGGAGAAGGUGGAUCCUUCCAAAGCUGGCACUCUGGAGGCAGCAGCGAAGCCGGAACCGCCUCCACCUGUUCUGGAGGAAAAGAAGCUAACCUCCAAAUCAUCUUUCAUGUUUCUCUUCAAGCCCAAAGUACUGUUAGAUACCAUGACCACAAAAGUCCAAGCAGCCUCCACAAGUGGAGUUCGGCUCCUCAAGAAAUCAACUGGCCUGGCUGCUGACCCCAAAAAGACGACUCCAACCCCGCCCGCUCCCGCAGAGUCGCCUCAGCCUGCUAAAGCUAAGGAGGAACCUAAAACUGUGGCCAAGUCAGAGGCAGUUGUAGAUAGCAAACCGGCGGCAGCCGCCUCUCCGGCUGGAGACGAUGCAGCAAGUCAGCCCAAAAAACUGGAGAAGAGGAACUCCAUCCAGCUGUUCUUCAAAAAUCUGGGUCAGAAACGCCACUCUACAGAUGCUGGGGUCCAGACAGAACCAGCGACUGCUGCUACAGCAUCUGAGAAAACCAAAUGAACCCUUCAAGUUUCCCUGUACAGAACCCCCCCUGACUGUCCCCCUCCCCCUCUUUCUAGCUCUUGUCUUCAUGUCUGUCAUAUUUCGUCAUCAUAUUAACUACUUUUUUAGAUGUUGCAAUAUGAAAAGGAUUGCCUUUAAAAGGAUUCAGGAAAGAAUCGCAUGUGGAUAGAUGAAGAAAAAGAGAAAUGGUGUCUAUAAAAUACUCUACCCAACCUGCUAAAAUGCCAUGUUUACAGUGAUCUAAGAAACAUUUUUUUAAAAAUCAAACCAGUACAAAACACUUCAGAUCUUUUCCCACCUUUAACACUAACUCUAAGUUGUGCACCUCUGAUCAAAGACAAACCAAAGUAGCUUAAAGCAAAAUAAAAUAAAUAAUAAUAAUAAU